UAUGUUCAUGGAUGUCCAAUGCUAGAGAGCAUGAGUAGUUUUGAAACUGAAGAAAAAGCAGAGAGAGCUGCUGCAGCACUAGGGAGAAUCUUGGUGCUAGAUCUAGUAAUUAGGAACGAAGACAGAUUACCUUGUCGUCAGCUGAGAUGGCGUGGCAACCCGGCAAAUCUGUUAUUAACAGAUAGAACUGUGUCUUCAACAAAAAAUCUUGAACGCUCAUUUGAAGAAGCUUUUGAUUCCGCCAUCAAACGGUACCAUCCAAAGGACUACAGAUCCAUUCAAAGGGAAAGAAGAGCUUCUUCCGUAGAUAGCAGAUCCAGGUUGAGUAUCAGUGAUCAAAUGUUGGUCUCACAGUCGUCUGAUUUUUCUGAUAUAACGGAAUCACCUAAAUCAUAUGACACUGGUUUAAUGAGUCCAAUGUCUGAUAGAUCAGUAGCUGCCGAUUUUCACCUCGUUGCCAUAGACUCGGGUGUUCCACGGCGGCCUCCUGCUGGAAAACGGACAAGCGACC